AUGGAAUCCGAGCGCGACAGUACCUUGUUUAUUUCGUCGAUAAGGCGUAAACCUAUCAGCCCAAGCGGCGCUCUCAUAGUAUCCACCAGCGUUAAGCCUAGCUCAGCCGAGCCUGCAAAUACACCGCUUCUACUGGACCAGGAAAACGACUUCAACGUUGCUGCAGAAGCUUUCGAUCACAAGAAGCAACCCGUCAGUGCUGUCGGUGUAUCACCUAUCAAUGACCAGAUUCAGAGUUCAGCUUUGAACCAUCAAGAUGUUACCACCAGGAUACACAAAACCAAGGAAAAGAUGAUAGAGAAAGUUGAUCUGCAUGAAAGCAGCAUGUCAGAAAGUAGGGGAGGCUGGGAAAAGACCGUAAGACGCAUCAUCGACGGUUGGUGGCAGGAAAUGCUGUGCUGUUUAGUCAGCAUCGUUGCCCUGAUAACCCUAGCAAUGACCCUAAGGGAAUUUAACCACAAACCUCUGCCCAACUGGCCAUCCGGUAUCACUCUAAAUACAGUUUUAGCUUGCAUGGCCACAAUAUGCAGAACCGCGCUACUUGUUCCUGUAACGGAAGGCUUGGCACAAGCCAAAUGGACUUGGUUCAAGAAGAAGCCACGACCACUCAAGGAUUUCGAAGCAUUUGACAAAGCGUCAAGAGGAUUAGGAGGUAGUUUAAGUCUACUCUCAUAUACCAAGGGAUGGUUCGUCGGUAUUAUCGCUGCAUUUCUUUUGAGUACUACAAUUGCCACAUCGACGAUCACACAAUUUGCCGUCACAUACCCAUCUAGAUAUAUUGAAGAUACAAAAAAGGGGAGUGCAGAGGCAUGGCGGUUGGAGGAGAGCUGGGGGAGGGAUUACCCUGAUUAUGCACUUAAUGUCACCCACCUGAUCGAAGCGGAUGUCGACUUUUACCAUGGCACUCUGAACAUCACGCUCCCAAAUGGAAUUUAUACGAUACCGGGCAAAAGUCGUGCCAGAUACACUGGCGCCCCAACCUUUUUUGUCGGCAGUGGACCAACUCUAGUGCACAAGCAUCUGCAAAACGCAUCCAUUCUCGAUUAUUUUGCUAUCUAUUGGGAACCAUCUGAGGUCACACCUCGGGCAGCUGAAAUAUCCUUCUAUUGGUGUAUUGACACUUACGGCCCUUAUCUAGUCGAUAAUGUCCUUCAGAUGAAUAAGUCGGCAUCCCAGAUCCCGACGCUACAGGGAAGACAAGGGGAUGAAAUUCACGGAUACCUGCCUUUGGUAUUAUCAGCCCAAGACGAUGUAACAUAUACAAUUGGUGGAUUAUCUACCAAAAUGAUAGCAAGCCACUUAAACGAGUCCCUGAGUGGCGAAAGCAUCGUUCUAGGAGGAGAACCAAUUCGUGGUACAUCGGGCAGUGACAUUUUAGUACAAGCCACCAAAGAAGUUCUACAAAAGCUCACAGGGGGCAAUUCUUCGCUCGAAGAACUGGAGAAAGAGAAAUCUUGGUGGAUCGCUGUGGAAGGUAUGGCGUUGAAUGCGGCCAACAGCCUUACAAACACACUUCUUCCCGAAGAGUCUAACGUCGAUGGGACAUCAUUGCAUAGUGAGGUCUAUGUCCAAGUUCGCUGGGAAUGGUUGGCACUUUUAAGUGCGCAAGUUGCGCUGUCCAUCCUUCUUCUCAUCUGCAUUAUUAUUGAGUCAGCGAAAGCGGGUGUCGAAAUCAUGAAAGCCUCUACGGCGCCUGUAUUGUUUGCUAUUAGUGCGGUAGAAAAGGCCAGGAUGGAAAAUGGUGGUGCCGAGUUGGAUUCACUGAGACAGAAGAAAGAUUUUCAGCAGCUGGCACAUUUCAACUUACGCAAGUUAAAGAAUAGUGGACCUAAAACCCUAGGAGCUAAUGCUUCCAGCCGUAAGGUUCUGUGUCUCCUGCGCAAAUUGACCAUGGUGGAGUGA